CGAUCGCUGCACCGUUGCCGUGCUGCUCUGCAUCCACCUUAUCUGCUCUGUAGCUCAGACUCUCAGAUCAGAUGUGCGGUGGUUCGUUGCUGUGCAGGUGGCUGGGAAACCCGCACCGCUUGUUGAGAAACGUCAGAGAAACCGUGACAGAAAUGCCUCGUGUUCUGCAUGCGGAGCUGCUUUCUGGACUUUCUGCUAAGAAGAAGUUGGAUUCCAUGGGUUCCAAGAGGCGAAGAGCAACCUCGCCGUCCAGCAGUGUCAGCGGAGGGGACUUCGAUGAUGGCCACCACUCCACGAAUAUCCCAGGCCCCAGCAGGAAGAGAAGGAGGCUUUCAAAUCUCCCGACUGUGGAUCCUAUUGCUGUAUGCCAUGAACUUUACAACACCAUCAGAGAUUACAAAGAUGAACAGGGCAGGCUCCUUUGUGAGCUUUUCAUUAGGGCACCGAAACGAAGAAAUCAACCAGACUAUUAUGAAGUGGUUUCACAGCCAAUUGAUUUAAUGAAAAUCCAACAGAAGCUGAAGAUGGAGGAAUAUGAUGAUGUGAAUGUGCUGACUGCUGAUUUUCAGCUUCUCUUUAACAAUGCAAAGGCUUACUACAAGCCCGAUUCUCCUGAAUAUAAAGCUGCUUGCAAGUUAUGGGAGUUGUAUUUGCGCACAAAAAAUGAAUUUGUUCAAAAAGGAGAUGCUGAGGAGGAGGAUGAAGAUGAGGAAGGACAUGACAGUCAAGAACUAUCAUCUCCAGGUUAUCUGAAGGAGAUUCUUGAACAGCUUCUGGAAGCUGUAGCUGUUGCCACGAAUCCAUCAGGACGCCUGAUAAGUGAACUGUUCCAGAAGCUACCUUCUAAAGUGCAAUAUCCAGAUUAUUAUGCAAUAAUAAAGGAGCCCAUAGAUCUUAAAACUAUUGCCCAAAGGAUUCAGAAUGGAACUUAUAAAAGCAUUCAUGCAAUGGCCAAGGAUAUAGAUCUUCUCGCAAAGAAUGCCAAAACCUACAAUGAGCCUGGAUCCCAAGUGUUCAAGGAUGCAAAUGCAAUUAAAAAAAUAUUUAAUAUGAAAAAGGCUGAAAUUGAGCACAGCGAGCUGGCCAAGUCAAGUCUCCGACUCAGGACGCCAUCAAAUUUGACUGCUUCCAAGCUGACAGGUCCUUCCUCACAGGGUAAAGGCAGUGUGGGUGAUGAGAGAAAUUCUUCUAACAAAUAUUUUCGUAACAAAAGAUCAGCCCAGGGGGAUCGUUUAUCAGCAAUAACCAUGGCAUUGCAGUAUGGAUCAGAAAGUGAUGAGGAUGCUGCUUUGGCUGCUGCUGCUCGUUAUGAAGGAGAGUCUGAAGCUGAGAGUAUUACUUCCUUCAUGGACACUUCUAAUCCUCUCUAUCAGCUUUAUGAUACAGUUAGAAGUUGCCGAAAUAAUCAGGGCCAGCUAAUAUCUGAACCCUUUUUCCAGUUGCCCUCCAAGAAAAAGUAUCCUGAUUAUUACCAGCAAAUUAAAACACCUAUUUCAUUGCAGCAGAUCAGAGCUAAACUGAAGAACCACGAGUAUGAAACAUUAGAUCAGUUGGAGGCUGACCUGAACUUAAUGUUUGAAAAUGCCAAGCGUUACAAUGUCCCCAAUUCUGCCAUCUAUAAGAGAGUUCUGAAAAUGCAGCAGGUUAUGCAGGCAAAGAAGAAGGAGCUUGCUCGGAGAGAUGACAUUGAGGAUGGGGACAGUAUGAUUUCUUCUGCUACAUCUGAUACUGGAAGCUCCAAAAGGAAAAGUAAAAAGAACAUGCGAAAGCAACGAAUGAAGAUCUUGUACAACGCAGUUCUGGAAGCUCGAGAGUCGGGCACAGGCAGGCGGCUCUGCGACCUGUUUAUGGUUAAGCCAUCCAAAAAGGACUAUCCAGAUUACUAUAAAAUUAUCUUAGAGCCAAUGGACUUGAAAAUGAUAGAACACAACAUCCGUAAUGAUAAGUAUGUAGGGGAAGAAGCCAUGAUUGACGACAUGAAGCUCAUGUUCCGAAAUGCAAGGCAUUAUAAUGAGGAAGGCUCCCAGGUAUACAAUGAUGCCCAUAUGCUGGAAAAGAUCCUGAAAGAAAAAAGGAAAGAACUGGGACCACUGCCUGAAGAUGAUGAUGUUGCAUCCCCUAAACUAAAGCUAAGUAGAAAAAGUGGCAUUUCCCCCAAAAAAUCGAAAUACAUGACCCCAAUGCAGCAGAAAUUGAACGAGGUGUAUGAAGCAGUUAAGAAUUACACGGACAAACGGGGCAGGCGGCUGAGCGCCAUCUUCUUGCGGCUGCCGUCUCGGUCUGAGCUGCCCGACUACUACAUAACCAUUAAGAAGCCGGUUGACAUGGAGAAGAUCAGAAGUCACAUGAUGGCCAAUAAAUACCAGGAUAUCGAUUCCAUGGUAGAAGACUUUGUGAUGAUGUUCAACAACGCUUGCACCUACAAUGAGCCAGAAUCUUUGAUUUACAAAGAUGCCCUGGUCCUGCAUAAAGUUUUGCUUGAAACUCGAAGAGAGAUAGAAGGAGAUGAGGAUUCUCAUGUGCCCAAUGUCACUUUGCUAAUUCAGGAACUUAUCCAUAACCUUUUUGUAUCUGUUAUGAGCCACCAGGAUGAUGAGGGCAGAUGCUACAGUGAUUCCCUAGCUGAGAUUCCUGCUGUUGAUCCCAACUUCCCGAAUAAACCUCCUCUGACUUUUGACAUUAUCCGAAAAAAUGUUGAAAAUAAUCGCUAUAGACGACUGGAUUUGUUCCAGGAGAACAUGUUUGAGGUACUGGAGAGGGCAAGGAGAAUGAACAGGACGGAUUCAGAGAUUUAUGAGGAUGCAGUUGAACUUCAGCAGUUUUUCAUUAAGAUUCGAGAUGAACUCUGUAAAAAUGGAGAGAUUCUUCUGUCGCCUGCUCUCAGUUAUACCACCAAGCACCUUCACAAUGAUGUAGAAAAAGAAAAGAAGGAAAAGCUACCCAAAGAAAUAGAGGAGGAUAAACUCAAAAGAGAGGAGGAGAAAAGAGAAGCUGAAAAGAGUGAAGACUCUUCUGGCUCAGCUGGGCUGUCAUGCUUGCAUCGGACCUACAGCCAGGAUUGCAGCUUCAAGAACAGCAUGUACCACGUAGGAGACUAUGUCUACGUGGAGCCUGCUGAAGCCAACUUGCAACCUCACAUAGUCUGUAUUGAGAGGCUAUGGGAAGAUUCUGCUGGAGAGAAAUGGCUAUAUGGCUGUUGGUUUUAUCGACCAAAUGAAACAUUUCAUCUUGCAACAAGAAAGUUCUUGGAGAAAGAGGUUUUUAAAAGUGACUAUUAUAAUAAAGUUCCAGUUAGCAAAAUUUUGGGUAAAUGUGUGGUCAUGUUUGUUAAGGAAUAUUUUAAACUGUGUCCUGAAAACUUUAGAGAUGAGGAUGUGUAUGUCUGCGAGUCGCGUUAUUCCGCUAAGACAAAAUCUUUUAAGAAGAUUAAACUGUGGACUAUGCCUGUCAGCUCUGUAAGAUUCGUCCCACGCGAUGUGCCCCUGCCUGUGGUCCGUGUUGCUUCUGUAUUUGCUAAUACAGACAAAGCAGAGGAGGAGAAGCACUCUGAUACGUUAGAUGACAGUAAGGUGGGGGAAAGUAUCCUUCAUCUCGAAAAGGACAAAGAAGAUGUACCAGUAGAAAUGUCUAAUGGGGAGCCUGGUUGCCAUUACUUUGAGCAGCUCUGUUACAAUGAUAUGUGGCUUAAGGUUGGGGACUGCGUCUUCAUAAAAUCGCAUGGAUUAGUGCGGCCUCGGGUAGGGAGAAUUGAAAAGAUGUGGGUGCGAGAUGGAGCUGCGUAUUUCUUUGGUCCAAUCUUCAUCCAUCCUGAAGAAACUGAACAUGAGCCAACUAAAAUGUUCUACAAGAAGGAAGUGUUUCUGAGUAACUUGGAGGAGACCUGUCCUAUGUCGUGCAUUUUGGGCAAGUGUGCUGUUCUGUCGUUCAAGGACUUCCUCUGCUGCAGACCAACUGAAAUUUCUGAGAAUGAUGUUUUCCUGUGUGAGAGCCGCUACAACGAAAGCGACAAACAAAUGAAGAAAUUUAAGGGGCUCAAGAGAUUUUCACUCUCUGCAAAAGUUGUCGAUGAUGAAAUUUACUAUUUUAGAAAACCCAUAGUUCCUCAGAAGGAACCAUCUCCACUUCUGGAGAAGAAAAUCCAGCAGCUAGAAGCAAAGUUUGCUGAGCUGGAAGGAGGCGAUGAGGACAUGGAAGAGAUGGGAGAAGAGGAAGGUGAUAUCACUGAAACACCUUCCAUGCCUCAGCUUCAGACCCCGUUAUCUAGUGAAUUGGAUAUCAUGCCUUAUACUCCACCGCAGUCCACUCCCAAGUCUGUUAAGGGCAGCACCAAGAAGGAGGGAUCAAAAAGGAAGAUCAACAUGAGUGGUUACAUCCUAUUUAGCAGUGAGAUGAGAGCUGUGAUUAAAGCUCAGCACCCAGACUACUCCUUUGGAGAGCUCAGCAGGCUUGUAGGAACUGAAUGGAGAAACCUGGAAGCAACAAAGAAAGCAGAAUAUGAAGAGCGGGCAGCUAAAGUUGCUGAGCAGCAGGAGAGAGAGCGAGCAGCACAGCAGCAGAAUCCCUCCCCCCGGGCAGGCACUCCUGUCGGGGCUCUUAUGGGGGUGGUGCCGCCACCAACACCAAUGGGGAUGCUCAAUCAGCAGUUGACACCCGUUGCAGGUAAAACGUAGGAGCUACGACCAUUUUUCCUCAUCCACUGUAUCAACCCCCUUCAUAACUGAACACACUCUUGGGUCACUUUGUUCUUACGGAGGAAAACGCUCGGCCUCUUCAGUCUUCCGUCACGGUGAAUAUGCGUAUCUGCAGCAGUAGGGUGGCAGCCCCGGUGCCCUGCCCCAGCAGUGGGCGUUCUGAUGGAAACACAGGGAAGAAGCCUCCUCCUUGUGAGGCAGGCCUGUGCUGUUUGUAUGCAGUUAUGCUUACUGGCUCUACUUUGCAGAAGUCGUGUUUGUUCUCGCUGCAGCAGUGGUGCUGGGAGCUGAAUACUCUUUGAGUGUAAGCAGCAUCAGCGGAGGUGGUUCAGGAGGAGACAGAGGACUUGUUUUUGUUGUCGGGAUGCGAGAGGCAAAAGAAAAUCCAAACCAAAUUUAAUAUCGAAACUCCAGAAUUAUGAUUAGACAUGAGUGCAGCUGGCUAGGUUCUGGAGUCAUUGCAAAACCAAGUAUGAAACGUCAGCACUGCUGGUUUUUAUCAGGUGAUUUGCAGAAUAGACCUCAGCUUUGAGAACUCUUCUCUGUGGUUCCUGUUGGUUUUUUUUCUUGUUGCCAGUCAUACUCCAACUUGACUCAUAGGCAGUGUGUCCAGGUCCUACGUGAAGACUGCAUAGUCCAUAGGAAGUUCUUUUAUGAGAAUCAGCUGUACAUCUUGCGAGAGGAUGGAUUAGGUCUGACCUGAUGCGUUGCUUUUCUUCUCCCAUUUCUGAUUAGGAAGGAUUGGGUAGCAUCAGUCAAGGUUGAAAUAGUCCUGAAUUAGGUAAAAGUGAAUAGUUGGAUGAAUGACUAGUUUUUUGUUUUCUUUUUGUUGUGUGGUUUGAUUUGGUUUGUGAGUUCUUGGUUGUUGGUUUGUGUUUUUUUUUAACUUAAGGCAUUCAAAUUAUUCCAUUUAUUCUUUUGUUCUUUUUUCUUUCCUGCCUUGCAGGCUGUGGCCAUACUUAGAACUGAUGGCCUGAAGUAUUUUUCAUCCUGGUUUCUAAACCCUUUUUCAGUGCAUUGGUUGGAGGGAUGCUUAGACUGAAGGCAUAUCUCUUACACAGUUUACCACCUCCAGGUUACAAAAGCAGUUGUUUAUACUGAUAUUUCUUUUUGCCUUAAAAAAAUAAAAUGUAAGAAACACCUUUGUUCUUUGAACACCUUUCAGAUUUUGUGUCUUGCGGUGGUGUUUGUGUGCGUGUGCACAUAUUUCAAAAAGAAAGAGAAGGAAAACUAGCUCCAGUGCUGGUUUGUGAGUAAUCUUUGAUCUCGAUGAGGUGGCGAUGACUAGGAAUGUCAUCAUCUCAUGGUUGUUUUUUUUCUUGGUUUGGUUCCUGCUUUUUCAUAUUGUCUCAUUUCCAGCUAUGUGUGUUCCCUGCCAUCCUGCAGCAGCCUCCUCAAAAAGCACACAUUUGUUCAAGGCCAUCAUCUUACAGUUAGCAGUUAGAAGUUCAAGUCUCGUUACUCAGCCAUUGUGAAAUACUUCUUUAGGAGGAUGACCAAGUGGAUCUUUAUAAACUCUUGCUGGUUUUGUCCCAUUUGCAGUCUUUCCUCUUUUGGUUUCCACAAGUGUCUUAUUCCAUGCAGACUUUUCAAACCUUCCUCCAUCUUUGAGUCACAGUUUUAAGCCCAUCUUUAAGUCACGGUUGCUUUUCUCUGUUUCUGAGAUCUUUUUCAUCGUAAGACUUUUUUACAGUCCACAGGUGCAAGAAAUCAUGAUGCCUUCUGAGAUGCAUUUCUCUCAGCACACAGUGCUCUAGUUGCUUUCAAAUUUAGGAGCUACAAUAGUUUAUUUAAUCUCACGUUGUUACGGUUCAAAGAAAUGGGAGGAAGAGUAAGUUGAAAGGCAGUAAAUCACAGCUGUGGGAGCUGAAAAUAGUUCACCAGGUAUACUAGUUUAAAAUCAAAGUGAUAAUUUGUACGUGAGGAAUGACAGUGGCUGUUUGUAUAACCUUGUGAUGAGCUAAAAAAACAGAUUUCCUAUGGAGACUUUUCUACAGUGUCAUUAAUCUAAUCAGCUGCUCAGUAUUUUGUUUGGAAAUGCAGGAAUGGGCUUUUGUGAUGGACAAAGAUGGGUUUGUUUCAUUGGAAAUUUGGUUCUGUUUUGUAUUUUUUGUGGGUUUUGUUUUGUUUUUUCUUCUCUUUAAAAGCUUCAGAAGCUUACAGAGGUGCACUGAUGGUGUGACUGCAGUGUGGGGUGCACUGCAAGUACCAGGCAGCAGCUACAGUAAAAGCACAUUAUUCCAGGGAUGCUUUUAUCCUUUCUUCUUUUAUUUCUGCCAUUAGCAGUACAGAUUGCACUGUAUUGAUAAGGUGGAACAGAUAAGCUUCAAGAUAUAUGAAAUAGUAUCCAAAAUCAGUGUCAGUCUGGGUGUCCUGUGUAUUCAAAGAAAACGAAUGUUUGAAGAUCAGUUCUUUGUUCCAAUUCAGGCUUUGGAAUUGCAGGUUUCUCACCUUUGUCACCCUUGCUGGGCAGGUGACAAAUCUGGCUCACAUGUUGGAGCCACUCAAGCUGCUCGGAUCUUGAGCUCAGACUGAAAAAUGUUCAGUCAGAGCUGAUGUUGAUUUAUUUUUUUCCUGACAUUUUUAUUCCAGAGAUCUCUGCUUUGAAAGUUUCUUUUAUGGGUUACUUGGAGUGUGGCAAAGACUUUGUACGUUAUUGCUUGGAGCAGGUUACAGAAAGCCCAGCAGUUCUCAUUUCUAAACUUACCUUUCUUCUUUAGACUUGCUUCUGUCCCCUCUCAAUCUUUUUGUUGCCUUUCCAACACCUUUCCUUGUUUCUCUGAUUUAAAAGCCUAGAAAACAAACAAGAAAAUAGGCAAGUUUAAGUUCUAGCAGCUAGCAUUACCUGCAUUGUCUGGGUGCACUUAAAUGAUGGCAGUGAACCUGAGUCACAACUGGAAUCAGCCCUUAAGUUGUCUUCCUCACAUGCUGAAAAACAAAAUUAUGAGCAGCAGUGCAGUAUCUUUGUGUUCCCUAUUAAGAUGCUUUGAGAGCAGUGGGGUACGAUGUGAUUUUCAGCCAGGGGCCAGAUGAGUCCUUGUCAGCUCUUUUACCUUCAGUCAAGUGCUGUGAGUGCAGGUCUGCAGCCCAGUGCUCUCCGGCCCCACGCUGUAGUGACUUCCUUGAUUUGUACUGAAAAUGGUAUAAGAGCAGUCAUCCCUGUCACUGCCUUUGAUUUUAAGCAUAUGGACUUUUAAAUGUAAAUUUUGCAUAUUCACUGCAGAAAAAACGUGUAGAUCUUUAUUUUUUCUGGUCAGGUCUCUGAGCCAGCCCACAUGCCAGGGCUGUGUGCAAGGCUCGUGUAGUUAGUGUCGUGUUUGUAACCUGUAUGCAGAUGGCAGAGCUUUAAGCCGCGUUAAAAUCGCUUGUUAGUAACAUUUAAUUGUGGCUGAAUUUAUCCCUUGUGUUAACAUGUCUCAGUAUUCAGCAUUUAUUGCCCCCAUGAGAAGCCUACGAAUACACUAAAUACUAAUUCAUCAACAGUGCAGUGUUUCAUAUCGAUAACUUGAUUUCAUUUUUGCGAGAUACUAAUUGUAGUCUCGUCUUGCUCUACUAAGGGUGCUUUCGAUUUCAUUUUAUUUUUUGUGGAUAGUGCAUGAUUUACUGUAUAGAUCAUAUUGCAUGUCAUUGAUGCAUGUUUGAAAUUU